AUGACGAUGAUGAUGCUUGGUGGCUGUAGUGGUAAUUUUGGUGUUGGUGGUAAUGAUGUUGAUGACGAUGGUGAUGAUGGCGGCUAUGGAAUAAGGAAGAUGAUGAUGACGUUGUCGUUUUUCUUGUUGUUUUUGCUGUCGUUGUUGUUGCUGGCGAUGGUGGUGCUGAUGGUGACGAAGAUCAGACGUUUGCUGAACUGCACAAAGUCUACACGGCAACAAUAA